GUUGUUCCGAUGACGGAGGGGAUGUGACGUAACAAUAUUUCCUCAACGCGUCGGUUUUUCCCUGGGAAGAUGGCGACCGUUACAGCAGCUACCUCAGAAUGGAUCCAGUUCUUCAAAGAUGCUGGGAUCCCUGCUGGACUGGCUGUCAACUACGCAGUGUCAUUUGUUGAUAACAGGAUUCAGAAAAGCAUGCUCAUGGACCUCAGUAAGGAAAUAAUGAUGGAUUUAGGAAUCACAGUCAUCGGGGACAUCAUAGCCAUUCUCAAACAUGCAAAGCAUGUGUAUAGACAGGGUAUGUGUAAAAUGACAACUGAGGCCAUUUCGUCUGGACAGACUAGUGUACAGGCUGAACUGAGACGUACUGCUAACACUCCUGCCACACGCAUGAUCGCCAAUGCUUUGAGCCGGGACUCCCCACCAAAUACGCCUGCCCGGCACCCAGACAACCGGAUUUCAGUAACGGUCUCCAACGCCAGUGCUAAAACAGUGCCCAGCAAGCCAGCAGAUGAAAAUGGGUUGCAAGUGAAGCGGCGGAAAGUCACAAGAGAAAUCGAGGGGAAAUAUGUCAUUAACAUGCCAAAAGGCACAACAGCUCGCACUCGGCGCAUCCUGGCACAGCAGGCCAAAAAAGCUAAGGUUUUAAAGCGUACUUCAGUGUUUGAUAGACUUGGGGCAGAGUCUAAGGCAGACACCACCUCAGCCAAUAAGCCAACAGGUGUGUUUAGCCGACUGGGUAAAGCAGAGGAAGAUGUAGAGGGUGGAGAAAAGACUGAUGGUGUUACAGAAGCGUUCGAGGACCAUGACAGCGACGGAGAGGGCUCAGUGCUGCAGUAUGCUGGCGUCCUCAAACGACCCCUGCCCACUUCUAACAAAGAGACUGUAACCUCCAGAUCAAAACCCUUCACUCUGCGUCGACUAGGUGCAAAGUACAAACUCCCCUCAUCUGAAGGCACACCACCAAUCUCCUCUACUUCCUUCUCCAACCAGGAGGGGACACCCAAAUUGGGUGUACUGCAGAGAUUAGGCAAGGUCCCAUCAGUCAACCCUACCUCCUCGACCCCACUAGUCAGUCAGCCUGCAGACACCCAGGACAGUCGCGUUACGAGUAGCAGAAGCAAAGCCCAGGGCAGCUUUGCUCUGGCCAGCUCUAAGGUCAGUAGUAGCACAGGUGACACUCACGGGGCUCAGAUGGAUGCUGGGGCAGUCAGUGUAUUCAAGAGACUGGGUGCCCGGAAAACCUAAUACUCAAAAAACUGAAAGGGCACCACUGUUUUAUUCAGCUUGCCCCUUUUAUAACUUAAAACCCACCUGAAUUUCCAUUUGAGUGAGUGGAGAAACCCUUGACCACCCUUGAUGGAUUGGGAAGACGAUAUGCUGUACCUCAUGGACUGUAAUAAGUUGAUGAUAUUAGGGGGAAAAAAUGGACAGCUGCAAUAUGUUUUAGAUGUCAAUGUGGACAUACCUUUUGUCCUUAUGUUUGGUUAUAGGAAUCAUGCUCUAUCCUGCUUUCCUAAUUUUAUAACUACUCUACUGUGCCCCUGUGAGUGGAACAGUUUUCCAGAUUAAAGAGGGUUGUAAUUAAGUUUUUUAAUGCAUGGUGCCCAGCAUUAAAUGCUCAGUCAAAAAAUGUUAAAAGAUUUUCCCAUUACAGUAGCCAAAAGACAUUGGUGAAAGAAUUUGAUAUGUUUACCAAAAACAUUCCUCAGUGAAGUAAGCACAUGAUCAAUGAUCACCCCCCAGUUUAUAAAGGGAUAGUUCACCCAAAACUGAAAAUUCUGUGAUCAUACAAUCACCCUCAUGUCAUUCCAAAAAUGUAUGAUUUUUCUUUCUUCUGUAGAAAACAAAAUAAAAUUUGUUGUUUGUUUUUUGAUUAAAUGAAAGUAACCGAAAUGAUUUGGUUGUCAAUUCUUCAACCUAUUUUUUUGUUCUGCAGAAAAAAAAAUGUCACCGUUUUGGACAAAAGGGCGCAUAAAUGGUGACUCUUAAUUUUUGGGUGAACUAUCCCUUUCACUUGAAGGAUCUUUAUAAUAAAGAAAAAGCAUUUUAAUGGCUUCAAACUGCACACAUGAGCAUUACCAUUAAUACACCUUAACCUGCGGUCACAUAAAAUAACAUUUAACAUAUAUUUAUAAUGAAAAAAAUAAAAUAAUAAAAACAUACAAUCUA